ACAUUUUGGCCAAAUCCGGGAACCGUAGAGAGUGCUGAAGCCAAAGCGCUGAUUGGUCCGAGGAGCGGCCCAUCAUCACUUGAUCGAGAAACCGCCCGGAAAGCUAGAGAACGUGAGCCGACAGUGUGCGGCUUCUCAUUCUGUCAAAAUGAGUCUACGGAAACAAACCCCAAGUGAUUUCUUGAAACAAAUAAUAGGAAGACCAGUUGUUGUGAAAUUAAAUUCUGGAGUUGAUUAUAGAGGUGUUCUGGCUUGUCUGGAUGGGUACAUGAACAUAGCUUUGGAACAAACAGAAGAAUAUGUAAAUGGGCAACUGAAGAAUAAAUACGGGGAUGCAUUUAUCAGAGGAAACAAUGUUUUGUAUAUAAGUACACAGAAGAGGAGAAUGUGAAUAUACCUGAAGGUGGAAAAUUUUGAAUUGCAACUUUUGUUUCUUAACCAAGUUUUAUUUGUUGUUGGUGAUUCGUAAUGAUGUUUUGUUGCCUUUUGCUGUAAAGCUACAUACCCUGUAUGAAAGUCUGGACCAUUUUUUAAUAUGUGUAUUAACAAAAUAGAAUGUUUUCUGACAAAUGCUUUGGAACACUUUAUGUUACAGUUGAAUUAAACAAAAAUGGAAAAGAA